GGGGCCAGCCCUCUGUACUGCUUCUUCCCCCAAGCCACUCGGGGGGAGCCGAUCACGUCAGCAGUUAUAGCAAAAAUGUACCUUCAGGAGACCGACUGCUAGCAGGCGGGUCACUAGACCUUUUGUUGUACGUAUUCAGGCAGAAAUAUGACUCAAAGAAUCGGGUUCCUGGUCUGCGGCCUGAUCGGGAGGCUACAGCUUGCGCGCCUGCUUGUCUGGGGUGUGACCUGCCAUGCCCUGGUCUCCUGCCUGCUGCAAUCUCUGCUUGAAGGAAGCGGCAAUCUUCUGCAGAUUUCCAGGAACAAGUCCUACCCGGAUCAGGGCUAUUGUGAAACAGAAGCUAAAUUAGCUGCAUCUCUCGACUUUUGGACUCUGUCCUCGGAAAAUCUUAUAGCUGUGUUGCCAGUUGAUCCUGUUAUGGAAAAUUAUGUUCGUAAAGUGAAAACCUGUAUUUUUUCCGUUGCCUUCCCAACUCCUUUCAAAUCAAGAGUACGUCUUGUAGCAGUUUCAAAGGAAGUUCUAGAAGAUAUUUUGGACCUCGAUUUAUCUGUCUCAAAAACAGAUGAUUUUAUCCAGCUUGUCAGUGGCAAAAAGUUAGUGUUUGGAUCCGUUCCAUUGGCCCACCGAUAUGGUGGCCACCAGUUUGGGGUAUGGGCAGAUCAACUUGGGGAUGGAAGAGCCCACCUUCUUGGAAUUUACGUGAACAGGCAGGGUGAAAAGUGGGAGCUCCAGUUAAAAGGCUCAGGAAAGACCCCAUACUCACGAAAUGGUGAUGGUAGAGCCGUACUUCGUUCCUCUGUGAGAGAAUUUCUGUGCAGUGAGGCUAUGCACUAUCUUGGAAUUCCAACUAGCCGAGCUGCAAGUCUGGUUGUGAGUGAUGAUGAAGUCUGGCGAGAUCAGUUUUACAAUGGAACGAUCACAAAAGAACGAGGUGCAAUAGUGCUGCGUGUCGCAAAAUCAUGGUUUAGAAUCGGAUCAUUAGAAAUUUUGGCGCAUUAUGGUGAACUGGAUCUACUGAGGACAUUAUUAGACUUUGUCAUACAGGAGCAUUUUCCCUCAGUAGAUGUCAGAGAACCGGAUAGAUACGUGGAUUUUUUUUCUAUUGUGGUAUCUGAAACUGCACAACUUGUUGCCUUAUGGAUGUCUGUUGGUUUUGCUCAUGGUGUUUGUAAUACCGAUAACUUCAGUUUGUUAUCCAUUACAAUUGACUAUGGUCCAUUUGGUUUUAUGGAAGCCUAUAAUCCAGAUUUUGUACCAAACACAUCUGAUGACGAAAGAAGAUAUAAAAUAGGAAAUCAAGCCAGCAUUGGAAUGUUUAAUUUAAAUAAGUUAUUACAAGCUCUAAACCCAUUAUUGAAUCCUAGGCAAAAGCAACUCGCUGCUGACAUUCUUGAGGGGUACCCUGUGCUUUAUUACACAAGAUUUCGAAAAUUGUUUCAAGCCAAGUUGGGAUUGCUUGGAGAAAGGGAGGGUGAUGAGGAUUUAAUUGCAUUUCUCCUGCAUCUCAUGCAAGAGACAGAAGCUGAUUUUACAAUGACGUUUCGGCAGCUUAGUGAGAUUACUCAAAGCCAAUUACUGGAGCUCAACAUCCCCCAGCAAUUCUGGGCACUGAAGACAAUUUCAAAACACAAACUCUUUCCUGCCUGGGUGUCCCAGUACCUUUUGCGGCUGAAGAGUAACAUGAAGGACUCAGAUUCUGAAAGAAGAAAAAGAAUGACAACUGUUAACCCAAGAUAUGUGCUGAAGAAUUGGAUGGCAGAAUCUGCAGUGCAGAAAGCAGAAAAGAAUGAUUUCUCAGAGGUCCGUCUUCUACAGCAAGUUCUUCAGUAUCCUUUCCAGAAGCAUUCUGCAGCCGAGAAAGCCGGCUAUGCCUCUCCCACUCCUUCUUGGGCUAAAGAUCUCAGAGUCAGUUGCUCAUCUUAAUUAAGGAAAGAUAAAUGAAGGAAUACUUCUAUUCUUGCACUUAUCAUAGAAGAAUCUAUUUAAUACAUUCUUAAUGAUCAUCCACAUUUUGAUGACAAUCCCACAUCUGAU